AUGAACGUCUUCCUCACGCGGAUUCUCCCGCCAACUCUCAACAAACGUCCGACCCAGCUCCGAUGGUCUCAGAGCUGUCCAUCAUACCAAGUUUUGCCCGGUGCCGCGCGUCGGCAGAUUAUGGCGUCGAAUCUCGGUCCAAAAUGCGUACUCUCUCGGUCCUGUGACGGGCUGGUCGACGGGCGACGUGGUGCGCGUGGCGGCGUGUUCAAACUCAAGGGCUGCACGGCCGUCUUCUUCCACAGCGACGGCACCAUCACCGCCGCGGAUGUGCAGAUCGGCCAGGAAUGCUACGAGACGAGAUACGUUGCUAGGGAAGUCAGGCUUGGGGGCUCGCGCGUGACCGAAAUCGUCAUAUGCAGCCAGGAUUCGUCAAUUGUGAGGGAAGUUAAGGAGGCUUUCAAGAAAGAGUUGAGUCUGAACAGCAUUGACGAUUAUUCUCUGUCGUACAGCUAUAACCCCAUUGACCGGAUGGGGAGGCACGCGUUCUAG